GAAUAGAUCUAGCUUCAAUACGCGCUACCGAGUCCCAUCCCGCGCUGCUGCAACUGCCCUUCAGGCGCAAACUGCAUUCUUUCCCGGUCUUGCAAUGCCCAGGUACUAGCAUAUAGUACAAACUGGCGAUAAUGACACCGGGGCGGGCCUGGCACCUGCUGUUCGGGUGCAGUCUCUUGACCGCUGUGCACUGCAUGGCAGCAACAGCCGCGGAGCUGUCGACGUUGAGGGAUGACAAACAAGGCAAGAUGCACACAUCGACGCCGUGGGGUCGUCUGCUACUGGCAGCGGCUCCCAGCGAGGUCACGUCCCCCGACGUGGCGGUCGGGGGAGCGUGCGCCUCGGAUAUCCUGGCACACUGCAAGCACCUGCUUAGCAAGGACGCCGGCAAGGCGGCUCAAAGGAAGGCUAGCCUCAGUUGGAAGAUAGUGCAAGCGGCGAAGCUGGGACACGCCGCCAGCAAGGGAAAGGGCAAGGGGAAGGGCAAGUCGAAGAAGGGCAAGAAGCCCGCAGCUAGCCAGGCCGGCGCGCAGGCGGCGGCAGGGACGGGCGCCGCUACAGGGGGCGCGGCUGGGACAGGAGCGGCUGCAGGCGCGACCACAGUUCAGCAGGUACACCACCGGCACCUGAUGCAGGCAGGCGGUGCUGAUGCCGGCGCCGCGGGCGGCGCCAAUGCGGCCGGGGCAGCUGCCGCCAACGGCAGUGGCGCCGGCACAGCUGCCGCUGCGACAGGUACCGCGGCUGCCGCUGCCACCGGCACGGGCGCGCAGCAGACCGCUGCUACCACCGGUGCUGCCACCGCCGCGUUGGGCACAGCAACAGGUGCAGCAUCAGGUACAGGUGCCGCUGCUGCCGGCGGCGCCGCCACCGCUAGUGCACAUACAGCCACGGGCGCGGGCGCUAGCAACCAGACGGCUGCGGCGACCACGGCAGCAGCGACCACGGCAGCAGCCAACACCGCAACAACCACUGCCGCUGCCACGGAGGCAAAGUCUGCGGGCCAGGGCGCUGCAGGCGCUGCGGCUGCUGGCACAGGCGCGAACGGCACAUCAACUGCCGGGACUGGGACUGCUGGCGCAGCUGCCGACAAGGCCGCGACGACCACUAGCACAGCGGGCACUGCCGCCGCAGCUCAGACUGCCGCCGCCACCACCACAACCAAAACCGCCGCCCAAGUCAGCACUACUGCUGCAGACGCCGCCGCUGCUGCCGCUGCCGAUGACGAGGCCGACGAUGAGGCCGACGACGCGGAGGAGGAUGCAGACGCCGCCGCCGCUGCGGAGGUGUCCCUGGAGACUAAGGCAGCGCUGGCGGAGCUGAACGCGGCGGAGUCGCAGCGGGACGACCUGUCUGUGGCGCUGCUGCAGCUGGGCCUCACCAGCCCCAUGACCAGCGGCCUCAUGGCCAUCGCGACGGCGCCGCUGGCGCGGUGCCUGCGCGGCGUGAUGCACGCCAGCGAGAUGUCCAUCAGCCCCAACACAGCCGACGUGGCGGACGAGUGCAAGGCUGAGGUGCGAUCGGUGCUGAUCAAGCGCGCCGGCGAUGUGCGCUACGACCCGCCGCUGCUGGCGGCGUGCGCGCACGACAUCAUCACCCACUGCGACUACCUGGGCGCCGACACCGCCGGCGUGCUGGGGUGCCUGAAGCUGAACAAGGGCGCGCUGCUGCCGGGCUGCCGCGGCGCGGUGACGGCGCGUCAGGCCGCCGCCGCCGAGGACCUGGCACUGGACCCCGACCUGCAGCGCCACUGCGGCGCGGAACGAGACGAGCUGUGCCUGGAGGCGGGCUGGGGCAGCGGCGCCGCUCAGGCCUGCCUGCUGGGCCACGUGCGCGGCUCGCUGCCGCAGGUGUUCUCCGAGGUCAUCUUCCCCACCUCGCCCGCUGCCGCCGCCGCCGUCGGCAGCGGCGGCGUGGCGGCCAGCGCUGCGGACGCGGCGCGGCGCCGCGUGGAGCUGUCCGUCAACUGCUCGGCGGCGCUGGUGCAGCGGCUGAUUGAGGAGGGCGAGGACAUUCGCCUCAACUUCAGGUUGUCAGCGGCGUGUGCGGGCGACAAGCAGGCGCUGUGCCGUGACGUGCGGCCAGGCGGCGCGGCGGUUCUGCGAUGCCUGGAAGACCACAUCGAGAGCCCUAAUAUGCAGGAGGAGUGCCGCGACGCGCUGACCGAGGCGCGGCAGCUGCGCUCCCUGGAUGUGCGUCUGGACCACACCUUCACCGCCUACUGCGGCACCGACGUGCGCACGCUGUGCAGCCAGGAGGUGACGGACCAGCUGGACGGCGCGCCGCACCAGGUGCCGUUCGGCCUGACGGCGCCCUUCGACUGCCUGCGCGGCAAGCUGGAGCUCGUGCGCGACGCCACCUGCCGCAGGCACAUGUACGGCUCGGUGAUUGCGGCGUUCAGUGACAACCGGUUGGAUGCGGGCCUCAUGCGCGGCUGCCACCAGGAAAUCGCGCUGCACUGUGGCCAGCACCCCGCGCGGGCCCUUGAGUGCCUGCGGGACAAGAUUGAACAGUUUAGCAAGGAGCAGUCGGCGGCCGUGCUCAAGGGCAAGGUGUCGGACACGUGCAUGCGGCUGGUGGUGGAGCGGCAGCUGCAGGCUGCCACCGACGUGGCGUUCGUGCCCGACCUCAUGGAGGCCUGCGCCAGGGAGCACGCCACCUACUGCGCCUCGCCCGACUUGGAGGGCGCCCGCGCGCUCGAGUGCCUGGCCGACCACCGCACCGAGUCCGACUUCGGCGAGCGCUGCGGCGAGGCGCUGCGCGACUUCCUGGCGGAGGCGGCCCACGACAUCCGCACCAUGCGCGGCCUGCAGGCGGACUGCAAGGAGGAGAUCGCCAGCAUGUGCAAGGGCAUCCAGCCGGGCGAGGGCCGCGUGAUCAGCUGCCUGCGCGACAACCGCGCCAACAUCACCGGCGACCUGUGCCGGCGCCAGGUGCUGCGGCUGCUGGGCUUCCUGGUGGAGGACCACCGCCUGGACGCCACACUCAAUGAGGCGUGUGCCAGCGACGUCCAGAAGUUCUGCGGCGGCGUGGAGGUGGGUGACGGCCAGGUGCACGACUGCCUGCGCCGCUCCGCCGACCACCUGUCGCCCGAGUGCCGCGCGGCGGAGGAGGAGGUGGAGCAGCUGGAGCACGAGGACGUGCGGCUCAACCCCAAGCUCAUGCGCGAGUGCCCGCUGGCCGUGUCCUCCUUCUGCGGGGAUGUGCCGCCCGGCGACGCGCGCGUCAUCAGCUGCCUACAGAGCAACAUGGACAAGGGCCACUUCCCGCCCGGCUGCCGCGCCGCGCUGCUGGCGCUCACCGACCGCGCCUCCACCAAGUACUCGCUCAACUACCGCCUGCGCCUGGAGUGCGACGAGGACGCGGACCGGCUGUGCCCCGACGCCGUGGAUGAGGCGGGCCAGUCGCGCAAGGCCAACACCGGCACCGGCGGCUCGCACAAUGAAGAGACCACUCUGGCCUGCCUGGCGCGGCAGUCGUCGCAGCUAGGGACUUCAUGCCGCUCUGAGCUGCAGGCGCUGGUGAAGCUGUCGCUCAACCGCUACCGGGUGGGCAUGCCGCUGACCAGCCAAUGCGAUGGCGACGUGAUGCAACGCUGCCAGGUUGACAAGUUGGCGGCGCCGUUCCUGCAGAGCGGCUACGUGCUGGGCUGCCUGGCCAAACACGCCGCCAAGCUGCACAAGCCCUGCUGGGAGCUGGUCUCCACCAUGGACGAGGGGCAGUUCAAGCGCGCGGCCGCUGCGGAGAGCACCCACUGGGCGGCACAGGGCGGUGGUGGCAGUGGCGGCCCGCUGGACGCCAAGGCGCUGGCCAAGGUGGUGGCGGACGUGCGGCGCGACCUGGAGCCCCGGCUGUUCAACUCCGUGCACGAGCAGGUGAACCGCAACGCGCACGUGGUGGCACGCAACGUGUCGGGUGCGCUGCUGAUGAGCAUUGCGCCCAAGGUGAACGCGCUGAUGCACACCACGGUGUCGCUGCUGAUGCUCACGUUCGUGGGCAUUGUGGGCGCGUUCCUGGUUUGGAGGCGCUACACGGCCGGCCGCGGCGGGCUGCUGGUGGUGCGCAAGGACGGGCGCGUGUGAGGCUAUUGUAGCCAUGCAGCGUGCGACGUUUGUGCAUGGGGAACAGCUGUGUUCGUGAUGGGGGUGAUAGGUAGACGUGACCAACAGGGCGCUGGUGACCAUGGUGCCGUGCGUGACCAAGCCGUGGGUGUGAAGAGUUCAGUGAGCACAGCAUGCGGCCACGCGUUUUACUGAGUAGGGAAGUGGGCGAGCAAAGCUUAGGACGGUAGCAUGCAGACAAACAGACAUGUGGAGGG